CAUGAGAGCCAAAGUGGAAGGUAGACUUCUUUAUACAUUUGAAUGUUGAUAUUAUGCAAUAUCUACGUAUCCAGGUUAAUAAACCAUGUAUAGGAUUGAACGAAUAUUUAUCGAACCACAGUGUCAAUAGUGUGUUAUGCGGGAUCGUAGUGAAAAAUAUAUUUAGAACAAGUUUACAGUAUGUUCAUCCCAGUUAGACAGAAAAUUCUAGUUUACAUUAUGUUUUGCAAGAUGUUCCCAACGGUUGAGAGCGGUUUGAUAAAGAGAUCUCCACUUGAACUUGGCUUCGUGACAUUUCCUGAAAUAGAAAAACCCAGAAGAGCCAGUUUAUUCAAUAAGACAAAACCGGAGAUGAACUCCGUGGAGAACAGACUUGACCUUUCUCUGCCAGUCACUUCCAGAAUAACUCAUUCUCAUAAAUGGAUACCAGGCAGAAUAAAGCACCAUGCUUAUUUGCCAGCUCAUUUGCAUCACAUAUUCAUCCCAUUGUUGAUACCUGUAAAUCCGCUGGCCUCUCUACGAUAUGAGUUUUAUCCCAAACAUUUUGGAGGAUUCGGGAUUGGAUCACAUACUGGAGGACAGGGUGCUGGACACGGUUUUCAGAUUGUUUUCAACAAUUGAUGCAGAGGACUACUCAGAAUUACUACUCGAAGUACAACCCCAUGGAUCUGUUCAAUAGUUUACGUAAUUGAUUUGUUAUAUUAUUGUGAUAACCCAUUUGUGACCAAUAUUUGACUGAAGUAAAAAUAUAAUGUGAAAGUGAUUAAUUUAUCUCA